UUACGCAUGCGUAUCAUACGUUUGUCCUUCUACAAGGCGAGGUUGUUGGUGUGGAGAAUGAUCACAUCGUACCGUGGAUACGCACAUUGGCUAAUCGAAAAGAUAACUUGCUUGCUAGAAUAUUCUCCGGUCAAAACACGUCUUCAUGGAGGAAUCUGAGCAGCUCUUUUCUGGAGUGGCCAUAACAGGCAUGCUGGACGUGGACCCUACGGGAACAUUUGGCGCCUUAGGCAUGGAUGCCAUUGGGCACAGCUUCCUGUCAGAUUCCCUCAUCUCUGCCCAGGACCCAGUUCUGAUCCAGGGCUCUGAUGCCGCUUCCAGUCCCCUGCCUGAAACCGUUGAGGCAUUGUUGGGCCAAGGGCGGGACCAGGUCCGGCAGUCAGAACAACAUGACCGGGUGCAGCAGUUGGAUUCCCUGGUUCAAGAUCCUGUGGUGCAUCUGCAGCCUUUGGAACAGGACCUUCUAGAACAGUCUGAGACCUUCAAACAGCAUCUGUUACAAUUCUCAGAACCCUUGGAACAAGAUCAGGUGUACCAUUCAGAACCAAUACAAAAAGACCUUGUGGAAUUUCCUGACCCAAUAGAACAGGAGACUGAGAUGUGCCCCUCUGAGCCAUUACAGCAGGACCAGGAUGAUUCAGUGGAGUUUGCAGACCCAUUAGAACAGGAUGAAAUGUACCAAUCAGAACCAAUCCAAAAAGACCAUGUGGACUUUCCAUACCAAAUAGAACAGAACGGUGACAUGGGCCACUAUGAGCCAUUACAGGAGGACCAGGUGGAACCCUUCCCAAAAGAUCAAAUGGAAGACCUGGUGGGCCUUCCAGAACCUUUAAGCCAUGAUCAGGUGUACCAUUCAGAGCCAUUACAACAGGACCAGGAGGAGCAGCUGGAACCCUUACCAAAAGACCAGGGGGGCCUUUCAGAACCUUUAAGGCAGGGUCAGGUGUACCAUUCAGACCCAUUACAGCAGGAUCAGUUGGAGCAAUCAGAACACAUCGAAAAGGAUCCAGAGGAGUGCUUGGACAUGUCGGAACAAGUUUCAGCCCAACUAGUAGAUUCUCCGGGGCCUGGAAGCCCAACCAACAUGGAGCUAGAGGACGCAUCAAAGGAUGGCGUAGAGGAGGAUCCUGCCACUGUCUUGGAGGCCCCCUUCCCUGCAGAGUUUGACCAGGAGGAGCAGCUGGAACCCUUACCAAAGGACCAGGGGGGCCUUUCAGAACCUUUAAGGCAGGUUCAGGUGUACCAUUCAGAUCCAUUACAGCAGGAUCAGUUGGAGCAAACGGAACACAUCGAAAAGGAUCCAGAGGAGUGCUUGGAAACAUCGGUACAAGUUUCAGCACAACUAGUAGAUUCUCCGGGGCCUGGAAGCCCAACCAACAUGGAGCUGGAGGACACAUCAAAGGAUGGCGUGGAGGAGGAUCCUGCCCCUGUCUUGGAGGCCCCCUUCCCUCCAGAGUUUGAGAAAUACUACAAAGUGGUGGAGGAAAACCCAGAGGACUUCACAGCAUGGACGUACCUGCUGCAGUAUGUGGAGCAAGAGAAUCACAUAGGGGCUGCCCAGAAAGCCUUCAACGCCUUCUUCGCCCGAUACCCUUACUGCUAUGGAUACUGGAAGAAGUAUGCAGACAUGGAGAAGAGGCUGGACAGCACUCAGAUGGCUGAUGAGGUGUACCGGUGUGGGCUGCAGGCCAUUCCCCUCAGCGUGGACUUGUGGCUCCAUUUCAUCAGCUUCCUACGGGAGACUGCAGACCCCGGCGACAGCAGCACCGAGAGUCGCAUUCGAGCGGCGUACGAGCACGCGGUCCUGGCGGCCGGCACGGACUUCCGCUCUGACCGGCUCUGGGAGUCCUACAUUAACUGGGAGGCGGAGCUGGGGAACCUGGCCCUUGUCACCGCCAUCUACGACCGCAUCCUGGGCAUCCCCACCCAGCUCUACAGCCACCACUUCCAGAGGUUCAGGGAGCACGUGCAGAACAACCUGCCUAAGCAAUUCCUUUCUGAGGAGGAGUUCCUCCAGCUGCGGGCUGAGUUGGCCAAUGCAGGUGGGCUCAGUGGGGAGGAGGCCACGCCCACUGACGACCUGCCAUCUGGCACAGAGGAUCUUGCAGACCCAGCCAAGCGUGUGACUGAGAUUGAGAACAUGCGGCACAGGGUCAUAGAGGCACGCCAGGAAGUGUUCAAUCACAACGAGCACGAGGUCAGCAAGCGCUGGACCUUUGAAGAAGGGAUAAAACGGCCUUACUUCCACGUGAAGGCCCUGGAGAAGACCCAGUUGAGCAACUGGAAGGAGUACCUGGACUUUGAGAUUGAGAAUGGGACCCCGGAGAGGGUGGUGGUGCUGUUUGAGCGAUGCCUGAUUGCCUGUGCCCUCUACGAGGAGUUCUGGAUCAAGUAUGCAAAGUACUUGGAAAACUACAGCAUUGAGGGUGUGAGACAUGUGUACAAGAAGGCCUGUACGAUUCACCUGCCGAAGAAGCCAACCCUUCACCUGCUGUGGGCCGGGUUCGAGGAGCAACAGGGGAACAUCGAAGAGGCCCGUGGGAUCCUCAAGGGCCUAGAAGAGGCAGUUCCAGGCCUGGCCAUGGUGCGGCUGCGCCGGGUCAGCCUGGAACGUCGACAUGGCAACAUGGAGGAGGCGGAGUCCCUGCUGCAGGACGCCAUCAGGAACGGGAAGAACGUGGGCGAGUUGUCGUUCUACUCAAUCAAGCUGGCUCGCCAGCUGCUCAAGGUGCAGCGGAGCUUGGAGAAGGCUAAGAAAGUGCUACUGGAGGCCAUCGAGAAGGACAAGAUGAGCCCCAAGCUCUACCUGAACCUGCUGGAGCUGGAGUACAGCGGUGAUGUGAAACAGAAUGAAAAGCAGAUCCUGUCCUGCUUUGACCGGGCCCUUAACAGCCCCCUGCCACUCGAGUCUCGCCUCGCCUUCUCACAGCGCAAAGUCGAGUUUCUCGAAGACUUUGGCUCCGAUAUCAACACGCUGGUGUCUGCCUAUGAAGAACAUCAGAAGAUUUCAGAGGCGCACGAAUCCACAAAGCGGAAGGCUGAAAAUGGCAGUUCGCAAGAGCCAGAGCAGAAGAAGGCGCGCACAGAGGACCCCUCCAUGGCCACAGGUCAAAUGAUGCCGGAUAUGCAGCCCAACCACUCUGCAUACAACUACAACUACAACUGGUACCAGCAAUACAACUACCAGAAUCCAUGGGGCUAUGGACAGUACUACCCUCCUCCCCCUACGUGAUGCUGGUCUCUCUCCUGAUGAUCCGUCUGCUUUUUAACCUUCAAGGAAGCCCUUGGGCCCUCCCAAGAUUUUCUUUUCUCUUCAUUAGGUCUCAGUCCCUGCAAGGAAGCUGGUCGCUAAUGAUUUAUGGCCAUGUGUGCUAUAAAUGUAUGAAUAUAUAUAUAUUUUUCCUCUCCCCCAUCCAUUAUACCUUUACAAAGAGCUAAAUUGUGUCAUUUAAUUUGGUUGUAAUGGUCUGGGAAUUUGUGUUUAGCACAGGUUUAUAUUUGUGUGGGUCCAGAACUUAUCUUAUUUUUAAGCUGGUUUUGUUUUCUCCUGGCUUUCCUUAAUGUGAGCUAAAGAUCCCAGAGUAUUUUUCCCCUCUAUGAAUGGAUGAAAUGAAGAUAAUACUUUCGUUUUCACUUUAAUUUCAUAAUAAAUGGAUAAUGAAUAUA